AUUGGCACUUUAAAGGCUUGUCACCUUUAAUCUCGUGUGGAGUUCCGGGUAAAACACGACGGAUGACCUCAGCUCGUUGGCCCGAGUAAAGAACGCGAACCAAACUACUGUUGUCGGCUGUCGGGGAGUUUUCGUGCAACCAUUAGAAAAUGGCGAAUAAGUCGGAGGAAGCGGCGGAUACAUGGAUGUGACCGAGCGACUUUUCAACACACUCCACGUCACGUCCUAAACCAUCUCCUCAGCCAUGUCGUCACGUGUGUUGCUGCGGCAACAGCUGAUGCGGGAGCAAGCUCAGGAGCAGGAGAGACGAGAGGCUCAGCAGCAAGCCACUGUCUCUCAGCUCCGUUCUUCCGAUUCCACUCCAGCCAUCUCUGUCACACUGCCCCCAAAUGCCACUCGUCCCCCUCCUGCACAGGUACCCAUGGAGGUACUAAAGGUGCAGACUCAUUUGGAGAACCCUACCAAGUACCACAUCCAGCAGGCCCAGAAGCAGCAGGUGAAGCAGUACCUCUCAACCACACUGGGCAACAAGGCGGUCACUCAAAGCCUGGCAGUGUCCCCGGGACCCCAGUGCAGUUCAGCCCCUGAAGUCGGCCCCACCGCCAGCAGUGCUCCCAACAGCCCCAUGGCCCUGCUGAACAUCAGCUCCAACAAAGAGGAAAUUGAAGAUGUGAUCGACGACAUUAUUAGUCUUGAAUCUAGUUUUAAUGAUGACAUCAUUACGUUGAUUGACUCGGGCCUUCAACUCCCCAACACGCUGCCAGGAAAUCUGCUGGAUGUUUACCAUACUCCUGGAAUGGCAGCUCCAACUCUCACAGUCAGCAACUCCUGUCCUGCUGAUCUUCCGAAAAUCAAAAGGGAAAUUACUGACGCAGACGCUAAAGCUCUAAUGAAGGAGCGGCAGAAGAAAGACAACCACAAUUUAAUUGAGAGGAGGCGAAGAUUCAACAUCAAUGAUCGUAUAAAGGAACUUGGUACCCUCAUACCAAAGUCAAGUGACCCGCUCCCCAGCGAAAUGCGGUGGAAUAAAGGCACGAUCCUGAAAGCGUCAGUCGACUACAUUCGGAAGUUACAGAAGGAGCAGCAGAGAGCCAAGGACAUCGAGUUGCGUCAGAAGAAGCUGGAACAAGCCAACCAUAGUUUAAUGUUGCGCAUUCAGGAACUGGAAAUGCAGGCUCGAGUGCACGGCCUUAACUCGCCCACCAGUAUGACUUCUGCUCUGAGCUCUGACCCUUCACUGCUGCAGCAGCAGUCGGUCCUGCACAGUGACCAGCCCCUGCACCCAAACGGAGCCGCCUCAUCUCAAACCCUUCUCGGCCUCGGCGCCGCAGCCAUCGGUCAGACUUUGCCGGCCUCUUUCCUGUCCCCGCCAUCCUCAGACUCUCCAGCAGGGGUCACCCUCAGCAGCCCACUGGAUCUGGGCAGCCUUAGCUUUGCAGAGCUGGAUGACCCUUCCAGCUCAGCCCUUUACCCUGAUGUUGGCCUGGGGGACAUUCUGAUGGACGACGGGUGCACCUUGUCUCCAGAGGCAGUGGGCGAGCAGCUCUUCUCCCCUCUGUCACCUGGUGCCUCCAAAACCAGCAGUCGCAGGAGCAGCCUGGACAUGGACGAGGACUUGUGAUGAGCUCUGCGCCGGCUGGCCCACCAGAGAGACUGUUUGCAGGGAGAGUUAUGUCGGGAAGUUAAGCCCGACAACUUCUUAAGCCUAAUUUUAGACGUGUAGAAUUUAAAAUGCUAGAGUAGCCAGCAUUGACAUUCAAACUAACAGAUCUAUUAUCAGGAUUUUUUUCAGAAAUACAGAUUAUGACUUCUGUUUGGAGCAGGAGGAUUAUAUAUUUGGAUUAAGAAUUUAUUAUAGUGUAAAGGUUUUACUCAGAGAUUUAAGAGGGAUGUAAAGUUUGCUUGAAUUUAUCAUGCAAUCAUUAUUAGGGAAGAACUGUCGACCUUUCAUUAUAUCGGCGUCUUGACUGAAACUUAAGCUGAGAGAGGUGUGUGUUCAUGUCCAGCUGCCUGGAAUCAGGGUCCUUUGUCACCAGCAGCAGACGACAAGGGAUUUUACAAAAAGAAAAAGAAGUAAAUUGGCACAUUCGUGGAAUAUUACUCCUUAUUGUACAUAAGAAUAUUUUUAUUUUGAGCAAUUUUAUUGCACCUUAUUUUAUUGCAUCUAUGCAUCCUUCAGUCAGACCAGUGACCCAGGAGUCACAGCAUGUUUUUGUAAAGAAUCCUCUGAGCUGCUGUAGCUAGUUAGCCAAAGCAGGACCUCUUCUGGUGUAGCUACAUUUGACAAUUUGAAUUUUUACUCAGUGUCACUAUGAGAAAUGCAGAACAACUAUAUCCUAAUAGUACUGUAGUUUAACACUUGUUUUUUGAUACCCGAUGCUGCAACUUGUGUCCUGACUAAUAUCUCUGUUGUCUCGUUCAACUUGGCCGAUCACAGCGUUUGGUCCACCACUUCUUAAUUUCAUUUCGGACAAAUCCAGAUGGGAUUGUAAACUUGUGUGACUCUUUUACUCUAUUGGCAAGACAACCACUAUCACCGCUUUUUAAAAGAUUAUUUCAUGAAUUACUCCUAUUCAGUGUAAUCGUGACAAACACAAGGCAUUGUUUCUCUGUCACGUCACAGAGCUCAUGAAAGUGUGUGACUCAGAAUCUGCAGCAUGUGGGUUUUCUGUUUUUUAUCGGAUGUACUGUGUGAGAAUUGUUUCUAUAUCACGUUUUAAAAAGUUGUGCUUGUUUUUUUUAGACUACCUGUGAGCCAUCGCAACAUGACACAUUUUAUUUCAGCCAAAUUAAGUUGUUUUUAAUGAAAGUGUUAUUGAGUAUUCACCUUUGAAACAUGUCUUUGUCAAGCAGCUCUUACUCUUAUUCUCCGUUGUGUGCUGCUGCCUGUGAUGUAACUGAAACUGAUUUAGAAAAAAUAAUCAACACCUUAAGAAACUUGUCUUUCAACCCUAACUCUAGAACAUGGGCGGAAAAUCUGAUAAAUUGAGUUCUUAUUUUCGCCGGUCUUUUCUUCAGAUGAUUCUAAUAAAUGAAAUAUUUCCA